AUGAAUUUCCUACAGCGGAUCCUCGUUUCGGUCCUUGUGGUCUUGACCUUUACCUUCGUCUUCUUCGCGCAGACAAGUCAAGCGGUCAAGGGACCCAAGAUCACGCACAAGGUUUACUUCGACAUUGAACAAGAUGGUCAGCCGCUUGGGAGGAUUGUCAUGGGUCUCUACGGAAAGACGGUCCCAAAGACUGCAGAGAACUUCCGUGCAUUAGCUACCGGCGAGAAGGGGUUUGGUUAUGAGGGAUCGGCCUUCCACCGGGUCAUCAAGCAGUUCAUGAUCCAGGGUGGUGACUUCACUAAGGGCGAUGGCACUGGUGGAAAGUCCAUCUACGGGAACAAGUUCCCGGAUGAGAACUUCAAGCUCAAGCACACCAAGAAGGGUCUCCUCAGCAUGGCCAACUCAGGCAAAGACACCAACGGCAGCCAAUUCUUCAUCACCACCGUCGUUACCUCCUGGCUGGACGGCCGUCACGUCGUCUUCGGCGAGGUCCUCGAGGGCUACAACGUGGUCGAGAAGAUCGAAAACAUAGACAAGGGCGCCGGCGACAAGCCGAAGAAGCCGGUCAAGAUCGCCAAGAGCGGCGAGCUGGAGAUGCCCGCGGAAGAAGGUACCAAAGCAGAGCUCUGA